AUGUCGCCGCCGACGUCCGGCGCCACCUCGUUCGCCUUCACGCCCAUGACGGCGGCGAGCCUGCCCGACGCGCUGCUCUUCCCCUUCGACGGCUUCUCCGCCGACGACUUCUUCAACGCAGCCCCGCUGCCACCUCCUCCUCCUCCGCCAGGCGCCGGCCCGAACCGCCUCCUCCUCCUGCAGUCCUCCUACAACAACGUCGACGUCCACGGCAACGGCAGCGCCGGCUUCGGUCCGGAGGCCCUCGCCAUCGCGGCGCCGACGUCUACCGUGGCCACCUCCGGGAGCUCCUCCUCCGCGCCGCGGUCGCCGUCGCCGUCGCUGCCGCUGAUGCCGAGCGUGGGCGAGAGGACGUCGCGCUACCGCGGGGUGACCAGGUACUACCUCCGACGCUGCUUAGCAACUGAUAAGUGUGGUGGCUAUGAAAAAGAAGAUAGGGCUGCUAGGGCAUAUGAUAUUGCCGCGCUGAAAUACUGGGGUGCUAACGCUAUCAUCAACUUCCCUAAAGAAAACUACAUCAAGGAGAUUGAGGAGAUGCAAAACAUAAGCAGGCUGGAACUUGUAGCUUCACUGAGGAGGAAGAGCAGUGGCUUUUCUAGAGGUGCAUCCAUCUACAGAGGUGUCACAAGGCACCACCAACAUGGACGCUGGCAGGCAAGAAUUGGUCGUGUUGCAGGCAACAAGGACUUGUAUCUUGGGACUUUUGCAACUGAAGAAGAAGCGGCGGAGGCGUACGACAUAGCGGCGAUCAAGUUCAGGGGCGACAACGCGGUCACCAACUUCCAAGCGAGCCGGUACAACCUGGAGGCGAUCGCCCGCAGUGACCUUCCGAUCAACGGGCCAGGGAGGCGGCUGAACAGCUACAACUACAAGCCGCCAGCAGCGCCAGAAGCGCAGCAGGGCCAGCAGAUCACCUUCGCCGCCUCCGCGCCUCCAUUCCCCCAGCAGCUGAGCAACGGCGUGUCGCCCUGCCUCCUCCACACCCUUCUGCAGCUCCCGCCCUCUGCUGCGCCCAUGCACGCUCUGCCGCUGUCGAGCUACGGCGGCGUCGGGGUGCCUGGCUUCUACUGGCCCUUCGGCGAAGUGGAGCAGAAGGUGCAGCUCGACGGCAAGAUGGAAGUGGUUGACGGUAUCCUUCAGCUUGCCAACCCUGCCGUUUAGUCACUGGAUUCUGAUAGGUGCCGGUGCUUUUGGAGAAGUGAUCCGAUGUGUUUUGGUUGGGACCUGGGUAACUGGGAUGUGAUAGAUCCACCUUUUGCU